GCUGAUGCGCUAUACAACUUGUCAGACGUACAAGUAAUUCUAUAUUUUAGUAAACUUACUUUUCGAUGAUUUAUAUAAAUAAAGUUUUAUGUAACUUGCUUGUCAGCUUUUUAUAUGAAUGAAAAGAAACAGCAUGUACUUUCAUGCUGACUAAGAUGGUGUAUCUUCACUUAUCUAAGCAUAGGAUUUUAAGAAGAUGGAUAUGUGUGCUUGUGUGAGGGCAUAUAGUGUAUACUGUGUGUAGUGUGCGCAUGUGCUAGUUUUAUGCGUGAGUGUGAGCAUCACUAGCUAGGUAGAACAGGGCUUAACCACUUCCUGCCCCCAGACUUGAGAAAGGAGAGUGAGAAGCAACAGUGAAUUAGGUUAAACAUCAUUCUACACCAGGCUCUACGCCCUCAUCGGAGGUCAUCUCAACCUAUUGCAGGUCCCGAGUGUGUGAGCGUCUGUGGAAGAGAGAGAUACUUUGGAAAGUCCAACUUCAGGGGACAAGUGGUACCUGCCACCUGAAUAGAAAGAAGACUUGGUAACAACUCCUUUGUCUCGUGCGGAGAGGGGGCCAACCGCACCCACCCAGAGGAGAGAUUAACUGAGAAAAGGGAGGCCUGCUACUCCGGACCACCACACUCCAUUACCCAGAGGCAUGACUGAGCUAUACGCCCCCCAACUCUGCUACAUUCUGGAUGGCUUUCUGCUCCUCUAUGGACUCAUAAUCACUGGGAUGUACAUUCGUGAGAAAUUCUUCAAAUCACAAGCCAAGGGAGGUGAUGAUGCCAUCUACUCUGAUCUGAAGAAAGACGCAGAAAGAGGAAUGGCACGCAGGGGAGUGGACAUUGAUGAUACUUAUCAGCCUCUGACUGCUCGGCCAGCCGGAGACACGUACAAAGAACUUCCUGUAAAGAAGGAGCGUCGCAGAAAAAGGGACGAGCAGGUAUACCAGGAUUUGAACUCCGCUACCAAGGACACCUACGACUCUCUGCAGAUGCAGCCCCUUGCCCUUCCUCCUCGCUAACCCUUCCCCUCUUAGCAGACCUUCCCUCCUGUGGUCCCCUCUCCCACUAGAAGAUCUGAGACUUAAUGUCCUUGAGUUUUAACAUGCUCUGACAUGCUCUCAUGAAGGCUCUAAACAUGCCCCUUACGUCUUAGCUUCUUUGAUAUCACAUCAUUAGGUGGGCCGAUACCGGUUGCGUCAUUUUAGAUGAGUGUGUUUCCAGUGAAGGGAGGAUUAAAGCACGUACAGGGCAUUGAAAGAGGGCCUGGAUAUGGCACCGGUGUCCUUUUAUUACAUCUCCUCUGGCCAUUCACAGGAUUUGCAUCUGAUUUGGGGUGGAAAAGAUUUUAUUAUGCCUUCUGACUACUUAUUUUUACCUGAAACAGUCCUUGUAUAGAGAAGAUUGUGUUUCUUCACAAAUAUAUUAGCUAUUUCUACGUAGUUUUGUGUGUUUUUAUCUUCAUAGGUAUAUAUGUUAUCUUUGAAUCUUCUUUGAAUCAUCUUUCCUUUCUUUGGUAAAUUGUUCUAGUGUUUAUGAUGCAUAAUAAUCUGGAAUCAGUCCAAUAGUUUAAUUCAGAUUAUUUUGUUAGGAGUAGUAGUUUAAGGAUGGAACUUGACUAAUACAUUUUUAUCUUUAACUAACACCAUUUUUUAACCCACCCAACCCCAUUGACUAGAUUGAUGGAUUUAUAUUUAGUUUCUGCCCUUUAGUUCAGAUGAGGGGGGAAAUUACAAUGGUUAGAAUACAAUGUACAGUAUAACUGUUUGUCCUUUUCUCCAAGUCAUGCUUACUAUCUAUACAAUCCUUUUCUCUAAGUCAUGCUUACUAUCUAUACAAUGUAUCUUGAGCUUGAAACGGUAUUAAAGCUGUCAAAACGUUUUUUUUGCUAUUGAUAUGUAUUUACCUGUAUAUGACAAACAUAAAACAGUAACAACAUUCCAGUUUUUAAUUUUGUUUAUAUCCACAAGAAAAGGGGAAGGAAGUACAGUAUUGUAUAUCUUUGCAUAAAAAUAAGAAAAAUUCAGCAGAGAUGAUGCAUGGACAUGAAUGACAACUCUGUUUUACAGUUCCUGUUAGUGUAGCAGCUACAAUGACAGGUACACUUUUGUGUGCUUUGCAUAAUAGGAAAUCUUGCAUGUCAGUCCAUGUGUUUCCAUAACACCUUGGCAGCACUAAUGGCAGGUACAGAAGGUGGUGAGUAACGGGCUCUGAAUGCAGUGAUGCAUUUGAAAGUUGAAUAAGUCCCCUUUGUGCUGCCUUGUUAAUACCCCUGCUAGUGGUUUUGUUAACUAGUCAUUUAGGUCAUGUGAUCUGUGUUUCUGGUUGAUAACAUAAUCAGUAGGCUUUUGAACAGUUUGUGUAUAGAUAACAAUUCACAACAUGUUGGCCACAUGUUAUGGUUAUUUUGUAAUCAGAAAAUGUAGAAGAUACAUUGCAUGUAACAACAUCGUGCUUAUCAGUAGCUAUUUCGAUUAUACAUUUUUCAUACUUGCCUUGUACUUUACCUUAAUGGGAAUUAAGAUUUAUUUUUAUAGUCAGUUUUUGUCAGUUUUACCCUACUGUCAACUGCAAUAUUAAAGGUCAACUUGGAA